GGCCCCGGCCCGCUCGUGUUGUUUUUUAAACCCUUCAUUCAUUAAAGAGUUUUAAUCACACACUGAUGAGCACGAAAAAUCACUUUAAUUCCCGAAAUGAUCAAAACACGCAGAGCGUCCUUGAAGGCAAAGCAGUUGAAAAAGAGACAGAAAGAAGAGACAGUGUCCAAUCAAAGGGAUCCUGAAACCUGAUGCUCGCUUCAGGUCCAGGCACAUCACGGAGGAGCUGGCGCAGGCCUUCAUGGACACCGAGAGCGAGGGCGAGUUCGAGGGCUUCUCGGGGGACGAGUGCGACUGGAGGAAGCCGGUGAGUGAGGGCUCUGAUAACGACAGCGACGACAACGGCUUUUAUUCUGACGGAGAAGAGCCGGUGUCUAAAAAGAGGCGGAGCUCUGGACUGUGCGUCGCAUUCAAGUUUCCCACCAAAAGAGGCCCCGCCCCUAAACGGAACACUGCCAAAAAAGGCAGCGAAGAGGCCCCGCCCCUCAGCAGGAAGCCUGCAGGAGGAAACAGGAAGCGGCGUGAACCAGAACAAACGAAAGAGUCUACUUUAUACGAGCGCAUAUGUGCAGAGAGCCAAUCAAAAGCCUCUGACAAUGUGCCCAGUGUGGAGAGUCUACUGACCGACGAGGAGAUGCAGAUACUGAGCAAACGAGCCAAGAACAUCCAGGAAAAUAAAGCUAUGCUUGCAAAACUUUUUGCAGACUUGAGUUCUUUGCCUGACCUUCCUUCUAAGGCGCCACCUCCGAAGAAAAAGAAGCCGUCCGCCCCGAAGCGCCGCUUCUCAGAGGUUCAGGUCGAGAGACGAAACCCGGGCCGGAAGGCCAGACCCCCGGAGCAUUUUGGGAUAGAGACGGAGGAGAAAGCGGCUCCUCAGAAGAGAGAGAGCGGAGAGAUCGACAUCAAACGCCUGAUGGAGGUGAAGGAGGGUCUAGGAGACGCUCGGCCGAAGCAGAAGAAGCGCCGCUCGCGUGAAUCCAUACGGAUGCCGGAGGAUAUCACCGAGGAAGAGCUGGAGAACGUGGCUGACCGAGCCAAAGACAAGAUCCUGGAUAAAGAGAACGGCAGCACGUGUCAUCAGUGCCGUCAGAAGACCCUCGACACCAAGACUGAGUGCAGGGGUCUGUACUGCGGCGGGGUCAAAGGUCAGUUCUGCGGCCCCUGCCUACGCAAUCGUUACGGAGAAGACGUCCGGACCGCGCUGCUCAACCCUGCGUGGGAGUGUCCCAUCUGUCGAGGAGUGUGUAACUGCAGUCUGUGUCGUAAGCGUGAUGGACGAUGUGCGACCGGAGCCCUCACCAGACUCGCCAAGUUCUACGGCCACGACAACGUCCGCCAGUAUCUGGAGAGUCUUCAGAAGGACGUGGAGUGAAGACGGCGGUCUCUCUUCGACGGGGAACACUUUUAAAGUCUCCGUCGGUGCUCAGAAACGAUAUGCAAAGCAGUCCUGUCUCUACUGUUUGUUCUGAUUUGACUGGUUUUCUUUUAAUGAAUCCUACUGUUCUCCUGCUAAUUAGAGGCAGAGAUAUCAUGAGAUCCUGUAACAGAUGUUCCUGAUUACAGAGCCUUUUCUCUCAUUUGCACAAUUUGUGUUUCUCUCUCUGUAAACGUUUUAUUGGAAACUUGUUUAAAUAAAGGUCCUUUUAUUUCACAUUUUA